GACAUUGCAUAUUGUGGUAUCCGAGGCGGUACCUUUGAGUGGACACCUAAAUCUCGUUCACGGUUUCAAAAGAAGACAUUGGUGGCAUGCCUAUGUGAACAAAUGACACUGGUAAAUCCACAGGUGGUAUACUUGCAGUUAGGCGACAAUGACUUAAAUAACUACAAUGUUGAUAUACAAAAAAUAUUUACGGCCAUAAAAAGUAUUGCCCAAUUUAUUGUGGAAGGUUACGAUAAUAUCCGCAUUGUAUGCAUUGGACACGUGUUUAAACGAUUGCUGCCGAAGGUUGGGUUUGAUGACUUUGAGAAAAUGCAAAAUUGUCCGACCUGCAAGGUUUUCAUGGAAAAAUUCUGGUAUAUCCGAAUAACGGCUUUAUGA